AUGCGGUGGAAGUUGGGGUUAGCCGAAUAUGACGUCACAAUAAAUCUAUGGAGUCCCGACACAGACAGACGGACGGGUAGAAAAAGUCUCCAAAUUUGUGGACAAACUCAGAGACUUUGGUUUCGCCUCGGUCAGAAUGGAUUCGGAGGAUGAGUAUGUAAUGGACGAUGUGGACGACGAGGAAGAGGAUGACCUUGGAGACGAAGACUAUGAGAAUUUUGACUUGGGAAUGGAACCCGAGCCCUUAUCGUCAGCGGCUCAGGGUUCCAGCAGGGACGACGAACUGGACGAUUUUCCAUACGAAGUCCUGAGUCCAGAACUGAUUGUUCAACACAUGGUAGACUGCAUCAAAGAAGUGAACACAGUUGUGCAGAUUCCCCCAACGGCCACGCGUAUUCUGCUGAACCACUUCAAGUGGGACAAGGAGAAACUCAUGGAAAGAUACUUUGAUGGGAACCAGGAAAAGUUGUUCAGUGAGGCCCACAUCAUCAGUCCCCAUAGGAAAGCCAAGUCCAGACCCAAGACUCCCGGUCAUGGCUCAAACAGCCAGCUCGGCGCUAUGAACACGAGAUCGUCGACGGCGCUGGCUAACCAGGAGAUGCUGUGUGAGAUCUGCCUGAUCACCAUGCCGCAGUCCUACAUGACCGGGCUGGAGUGCGGACACAGGUUCUGCAUCUCCUGCUGGAACGAAUACCUCACCACCAAAAUCAUGGACGAGGGCAUGGGACAGACAAUAUCGUGUGCAGCCCAUGGUUGUGACAUUCUAGUAGAUGAUGCCACUGUUAUGAGGCUUAUACAAGAUUCCAAAGUGAAAUUGAAGUACCAGCACUUGAUAACCAAUAGUUUUGUGGAGUGCCACAGAUUAAUGAAGUGGUGCCCUGCCCCAGACUGUAAAUACGCCAUCAGGGUGCAGUACGUGGAUGCAAAGCCUGUAACAUGUGCCUGUGGACACAGUUUCUGUUUCAGUUGCUCUGAAGACUGGCAUGAUCCCGUGAAGUGUUCAUGGCUGAAGAAGUGGAAGAAGAAGUGUGAUGAUGACUCAGAGACGUCAAAUUGGAUAGCAGCCAACACCAAGGAGUGUCCGAAGUGUCACGUGACGAUUGAGAAGGACGGGGGGUGUAACCACAUGGUGUGUCGGAACCAGAACUGCAAGGCCGACUUCUGCUGGGUCUGCCUCGGGCCGUGGGAGCCUCACGGAUCGUCAUGGUACAACUGUAACCGUUAUGACGAGGAAGAGGCCAAGGCGGCCCGGGAUGCUCAGGAGGUAAGUAAAUCCAGGGCAGCCCUGCAGCGGUACCUGUUUUAUUACAACCGCUAUGCCAACCAUCAACAGAGCCUCAAGUUUGAGCAUAAGCUGUAUGCCCAGGUGAAGCUGAAGAUGGAGGAGAUGCAGCAGCACAACAUGUCGUGGAUCGAGGUGCAGUUCCUGAAGAAGGCGGUGGACGUCCUGUGCCAGUGCCGCACUGUCCUCAUGUACACCUACGUCUUCGCCUUCUACCUGAAGAAGAACAACCAGUCCAUCAUGUUUGAGGACAAUCAGAAAGACUUGGAGAAUGCGACGGAGUGUCUGUCGGAGUAUCUGGAGAGAGACAUCUCUGCUGACAGUCUAGUGGACAUCAAGCAGAAGGUCCAGGAUAAGUAUAGGUACUGUGAAAGCCGGGUGAACGUAUUGCUGCAGCACGUACACGAGGGUUACGAGAAGGACUUCUGGGAGUACAACGAGGUUUUGUAGCUGCUUCUGUGUGUGAAACUAAAAUCCUUAUAAAAAGCAUAAUAAUAAUAACAACAACGUCGUGGUUCAACGGUGCAUCUCGCAGCACAGUGGAACAGAAAAAUAAAUAAAGAAUAGAAUUUGCUGCAGAAACACCCAUAUGCCUAGAUAUGGACAGAUUGACCUGUUUGCUCUCUCCCAUGAAGUGUUUGGUUGUGUGUAGAUGAAAAGAGGAAAAAAAGCCCUGGUUAGAUUUUGAUGAUAUGCUGGUAACACAUGGAAAAAAAUACAUGUACGCUUUGCUUACAUGGUGUCUAAAUUUGGGUGUCUGCGAGAUAGUAUUAUAUCUCCGUGUUACUGUAUGUACUGCUGUGCAGUGCUUUUUCUCUCUCUUCGGUGGGGAUUUUUGUUUUUUGCUUCCGGGGCCAUAUGUUUGAACUGGAGUACUAGACCAUGCUGCUUUUUGUGCCCAGAAUGCUGUAGAUUGUUCUCACUCAAACAUUACAUUACAAGUACAUGUAGUAAUACCAGAAAUAAGGAUUGGGAAUGUUUUCCAGGUAGUUUUAAGCACUGCAGUAGAUAAUGAGUUGUCAACAUGGUUUGCUCUCCAAUGACUUCAGUAAUUCAGUACACAAACCUUGUACUUCGGUACACAAAUCCUGUACUAAGCCAUACAUGGCAAUGUCUAAUGUUCCCAUUGGGUGUAUUAACUACUAAGUACAUAGCAGUCUCCAAUGGUGUGGAUUAUAGCCAUUUUGUUGAAUGAUUUCGCAUGAAGAGCAAUCCCCAGCAAGCUUCCGUUCAAUCAACUUGAUUUGAAAGUUCUACCGUUGGAAACCAGCACUUCAGAGAAACAUCAGGUUAAAUAAGGCUUGAUCAGGGUUUCGCCUUUGUAGCUUCUAGGUUUUUUUUCUCCUUCUGUAAGGAAGGUAUGUAAUGAGCAUGUACAUGUAUGUAGCUCUUUUUUUGGGACUGAAAAAAUAAAAUGCUUUAAGAAUAUGCAAACAGUGUAAGUAAGAUCUUGGAUAUGUCCGCCUUGGUGUACAAUACUUGUAUUACAUGUUGUACAGAGCAAGACAGGCUAUCAGGCUUAGCAACUUCAUUCUCACUCAAGUUGCAUGUAAGAUAAUGUGAACAGUGACACUGAUAGUACAAUUGUGCACCUCUGGUUUAUUGUUCCUGUAUGCCAUUAAGACGAGUGUACCUAUUGAAAAUUUAUCCAAUAAACAGAUCAAAUCAUUCUG